AGCGCUGGCGGCAAGGCGCGUGCGCAGACUGAGGUCUGGGCUCUCCACCCUGCUCCUCCUUCUUCCCUUGCUUUGCUCCCUCUCUCUCCUUCCCCCCUUUCCCUCCCUCCUCCCUCCCUCCCUUCCUCUCUCUCUCCCUGCCGGCUGGGUGCUGAAGUUGGGCGGAUGGCAGCCCAGCAGCUCCGCUAGGGACCAGCGGCGCCAGCCUUUUUCGCCGGGAUCGCUCAGGGCGGAGCGCGCGCAGCCAGGCGGGGGCGGCCACUGGGGUGCUGAAGUAGCUGAAAUGAGAAAAAGGCAACAGCCACAAAAUGAAGAAACAUCUGCUGUGUCUCAAGCACCUGGAAACCAAAGGCCCAACAACACAUGUUGCUUCUGUUGGUGUUGUUGUUGCAGCUGCUCAUGCCUCACUGUUAGGAAUGAAGAUAGAGGGGACAGUACAGGAAGGCCGACACACACAACUAAAAUGGAGAGUAUUCAAGUCAUAGAAGAGUGCCAAAACCCUACAGAAGAUGAAAUCCUGUCUUGGGCUCAAAAUUUUGACAAGAUGAUGAAAACACCAGCCGGUAGGAAUAUUUUCAGAGAAUUUCUUCGAACAGAAUAUAGCGAAGAAAACUUGCUGUUCUGGCUAGCAUGUGAAGACCUGAAGAAGGAACAGAACAAAGAAAUUGUUGAAGAAAAAGCAAGGCUUAUAUACGAAGACUACAUUUCUAUACUUUCACCCAAAGAGGUUAGUCUAGACUCACGGGUGCGAGAAGUGAUCAACAGAAAUUUGUUGGAUCCCAAUCCGCAUAUGUACGAAGACGCUCAACUUCAGAUCUAUACGUUAAUGCACAGAGACUCUUUCCCAAGGUUUUUGAACUCUCAGAUUUAUAAGUCUCUUGUCGAAAGUACUGUGGGCUCUACUUCUGAAACUUAGGUCUAUUUGAGAGGGGCUGAAAUCCUGAUUUAGCUUUUGGGGUGGGGUGAGGGUGGGGAUACUAUUAGGAUGAAGACAGAAGAAGCAUUUUUAGAGUGGCGGGGCUGCUCUGGAAGCACCCUUGCUGCAUUCAAUCCAAAACGUACCUUUCUUCUCCCACGUCAACCUCUGGGGGGGGGGGAAACCAGUUCUGCACCUUCGAAGCAGAGUCUGGCUGUGCACGGUGCUGAUUUGCAGAGCCCACCCCCACCCCCCGAAAAACCUCCCCCGCAAUAGCUGGAGCAGUUUUGCACUUUAAGAAACGUAUCCUUUUUCAAUGAAUAAGGUGACAAAUGAGCAGAUUGAACGCUGUGCUUUUUUAAAAAAGAGAGAGAAAAGGUGGAUGGCUCAUCCAUUAAAUGGAGUGGGGGGGGUGCAAGACUGACAGCUGAGCCAAGCUUUACUUUGCUGGCAUGUCUACGUCUGUCUUUUCGCUUGUGAGGCUGAGAGGAAGCCAGGUUCACCCCACAGCCGAGAGACAUGCUACGAGCUCUCUUUUUGUAUUCCAUCUGUCUUCACCUUAGUAGUUUACUAACAUCUGGAACUGAGUUCCUGGAGAACUACAGUUUAGCACUACUCAGGCUACUGUGAAGAAAACAAAUACACGCAAUGGUCUUUGUCUACAUUUUACCAAGGUCCUUCAUGCUUGAGUUUGGAAGGGGAAAAGAGUAGAUUUGCUAAAUAACCACUCGUUUCACACACUUUUCACAGCUGCAGUUGAGAUUGCAAUGACAUGCGUGUCGUUUUAUGAAGUAUUUCCUUGUGUACCCUCACACAGCAUGUGCAAAGCAAAAACUGCUUCAUUUACCACUUUGUUGUUGCAAUAUUUAAUCCAACAACAUAAAUUAUAUCGGUAUUUAAUAACAUUUUGUGCAAUAUAGUCUUACAGUACACACAGGAAUCCUCGGAACAGGCCGAAAAGCAACUUGCAUUUUUAAACAACAUAUGCGAACACUGUCAGAAACUAGCCCUGAAGUGUAGCAAUGUUAUUCCAAGCGCUCUUUGGAGGAAAAUCCAUUGCUAUGGAAGACAGACAAGCUUUCUGUGUAAGAUGGAGAGAGAGAUGGAGCAUGUGUGUGUUAUUUAUCAUUAAUUUAAAAAUUCAAAACAAGGGGUUCCUCUUGUUGACUGCCAUAAUUGUGGCAUUUUCAUUGCAGAGUUCAAAAUGUCAAAAAAAAUAAACAUGAACAAAGCACAAUUACAUGAAGGGAUCCAUGUUGGGGUUACAUAGUAUAUGCGCUGACAUUGUUUUUAAUUGUUAUAAGAACAGAUAAUCAAUGUACAUUUCAGAUGUCGGAUAAUGUAACAGAUUUAUUAAAGACUGGCUAUCCAGUUAUCUCACGCUGCUGUGUAAUGUUAUGUAAUUCAGCAAAACAAAACAAAAACCCAGAAAACAAAAAAAAUUAAUGCAUACACACAACCAUGGUUGAUAAUUUACUUUUUUUAAUUAAAAAGUUUAAAUUUUUUAAAGGGAAAAAUGCCUAGAUGUAGCAUUUCAGUCCACACUGAGGACUACUAUUUGUCUGUCAGUUAUUUUUUUUCUAAAAAGUGCUAUCAUAUGAAAUGGAAUGUUCAUGUGUUUUCCAGAAACUGAAACCAAAUUGUUAUUAAAAAAAAAAAAAGGCUGAAGAAGACUAUCUUCUGACCUGCCUAAUUUUGAAGGAUUUGUUGUGGAGUAGAAAAAGUUUACAGAGAUUUAAAUAAAUAUUAAUUUUUUUAAAAAAAAAGUGGCCCAAGAAUGAGAUCAGUGGGUGUUCUAUUAUCUUUGUUCUUUGUUCAAAAACAAAAUCAGACAAACAAAAGGACUUCUUUUAAGUACUAGAAUGAAAGAGGGAACAAAGUAGUUCAGCCACCUUAAGCUCAGUUUACUUGGGCCAUCUUUUUGCACAAGCCACUCUGGACUGAACGUGAGCUCAGGCAGUGAAUAAUGGGGCUUUUGUGGAACUCCCAUUCAUUGCUUUUGUGCAAUGGUUGAGAUUCCUGGGGGGGAAAUAUACACACUCCCUUUGCUGCUGGUUAGUUUUGUAGGUAGCUGCUUAAUGUGGUUUUUUUAAAAAAAUAAACUUUCCUGAUUUAAA